AUGGGGUUCACAUUUCACUUUCAUCUUUUCUUUUCUAGUAGUUUUAUUCCGAUGCAAGCUAGAAAGAUUCUGUAUCUUGUAACAAAGCUUCCCAGGCUAACGACAUGUUCAGACCCAGGGUUUUGUUUUACGAAACGGUACGUAGCUUGGGAUUUUCAGGUGAAAUGUGGAAUGAGAGGCGAUCUAGGACCAGCGCGUAAUGCAGUAGGUUAUGUGGACAGACAAGUUUGGGGUGUUAACCAUCUGUAUAAUCAACCUGUAUGGAUCCGAUUAAAGGCUUGUACACUGAGUUAUCCUGAAUCCGGUCCACUUCGCGAUAAUGCUCCUAGUUUCUGUCUUGGUCCUUUUGAACCAGAAGGCUUAUUGAGUUCGAUUUCAGCAAUCGUCUCCGCUACAAUUGGGGUGCAUUUCGGCCAUUUUCUUAUUCACUUCAAGGGCCACGUGGAGAGGCUUAAGCAAUGGGUAUCAGCGGCGCUUGUCUUGAUUGUCGUAGCCAAAAUUCUACAUUUUACAGAUGCCAUUCCAUUGAAUAAGCAACUGUACAGCUUCAGCUAUGUAUGUUUUACAGCAGGCAUAGCGGGUAUCGUAUUCUCCGGUUUCUACAUCCUGGUAAAUGUUUGGGGAUUUCGAGCACCAUUUCUAUUCCUAGAAUGGAUAGGAAUGAAUGCAAUGCUAGUUUUUGUGCUGGGAGCUCAGGGUAUCUUAGCUGCAUCCGUAAAUGGAUGGUAUUACGGAACCCCUGCAAAAUCACUCGUACAUUGGAUAGAACAACAUGUCUUCAUUAAUGUCUGGAAAUCACAGAAAGUGGGAACGCUGUUAUACGUGAUUUUCGCCGAGAUCACAUUCUGGGGUGUAGUCUCAGGCAUGUUGCACAAAUUGGGCAUUUACUGGAAGCUAUGA